AUGCCACGCAAAGAAUUCCUGCGAGAUCUCGCAGAUGCGGCAGUUCCUGGCCGAUUCCCCUGUAUCUCCGAUAUCAGAACAGGGGAGUAUGAUGGAUCAAUUUCCUUCACAUUCGCAGCACCUAUGGCAAGCCUCACACUUGAUCUCCAGGCCAUAGUAUCAGACUCCCACGAUUACCCCAAGGACCAUGGCUUUUUGGUCUUCUCGUCGUCCGAGAACUGUCCUAAGACAGUCACCUCCUCCCUGGAAAAUGCAGUGCCACUUUUUACAGGCUUAGCGGUUCAUGAAUUGCUGAGCAAUAUUGAGAGCAUUAUCACCAACUCUAUGGUUGAUCCUGAUUCGGCAUCCAGUCACCCAGAGGACACAGGCAGUCGUGACUCCAACAACGAGGAGUCAGCUGCCACUGACACCGAACCUGACUGGGAGUCUGAUGAUGAAACCAGAAUAUUCACAUCUACUCAAAAUGAGACUCAGUUACGAGAGAAGAUUCGCCGUGACCUUCGUGUGGUCAAGAACGCGGGAUUCAAAGUGGGAUACCUAGGGUUAAAACAUGGCACCAUAAUUGUGUCGGUGUCUUGCCGCAUUUCCAAGCUUGGCAUUUCCGAGGAAGCUAUGAAUGCUUGGAGUGUCGAACCCUCGGAGUAUGUGGUUUUGCUGAUUCGUUAUCGACCGACCUACCUUGAUCUCCAAGCAAUUAUCGAGACAGCAGGUGAUCCGAAGAACACACCGAUUCAGAUGCAUGUUGGCCUCUGUGAUUCAUACAAGCCGUCCCUAGAGCACGCUAUGGAAGCAAUACAGGGGCCACAGGAUCAACAGACGAAAGACGAGAGUACAGCUCCGGACAAAACAAUGUUUGGUCAUCUUCUCAGGCCGCUAUUCAUUGGAAGAUCGCUCAAUUUACUUCUCGGAGAGCGACUGCUUGGGAUCAUCAAUCUUCGACUAAAACAUGGGUUUUCAUGGACAGGGGCAGAACUAUUUUUCCAGACAAACCAAGGCAGGAUUUACGGCAAUUCUGAGAUCUCUUCCGAUGAGUAUUAUCAGCCGGACAGCUGGGCCACUUCGACGCCAGAAAUCCUUGUGGCUGACCAUAUGACUGAACUGGAUCGCAAUAUCUCCAAUAUGUCUUUGCCUCUUCUUGCUAUGCAUUUUACGCUGCGGCAUUUUAUCAAGUGCACCGAAUUUUGCCUGGUUUGUCACUGCAAGAUUGGUGACACCUUCGAGUCACUGAAGCCAUAUGUUUGCUCCAACGCGUUGUGUUUGUAUCAAUACAUGGCGCUGGGCUUGGGCCCAAGCAUUGAAUAUGAGAUCCGGUCCCAACCCUUUGUCGUUGACUUGCUGACCAGCCUGGCAUACGCGAGGGCUUCAGCGGGGCUCCUUGAAGACUUCCCGACUGGUCUUCGGUUGCGCGUACCCGAGAAAUUGCUCCCUCAAAAAGAGUCAAAUUGUACUACAUAUCAUACUGGGCAAUUUAGUGGAACCAAUCUUGAAAUUUGGUUGCAUCAGCCGGUUCCGAUCAAGGUCGGUGAUUGGAUUGCCCUGAUUGUUCCGUUCCCUGUAACAGAAGAAUGGCACUGUCGCGUUCAACACGUCGGUGAGACCUCAAACCAUAUUCUCAUCUCACUUCCAAUUAAAAAUGGCCUUCAGUUGCAACCAAUAGGCCUAGGGUCGGAGCCCCGGGAAGUGAAAUUUGUUGUUUACGACACCAACCUGGACGAUUUGGCACCCGUACAAAAACAGCGGAUGAUUUCUUGUCUAUUGGGCAUGCUCCCUGGUAUCCAGGAAAUGAAGGCCUUCAUUGGAAGCCACGAAAAGGGCAAGCUUCUUUCAUCAUGGAGAGAUGUCAUAUCCCCUGCUGGGUUAGACCUUUUACGCUGGGUUGUUGCCUCAAAUCGGUCUUUCAUCAAGCAAGAUGAUGAUGAGCCUCGGCAUCAGGUAGUUGGAAUGAGCGAUUACAUCCAAUUCAGAUUUGUUCAAGGUGCUGCCGACAAAGAGCAGCGAUUUAUCAACGCGGUCAAUUCCAAUUCCUUGGCCCAGAAUCCAAAUCAUCCUACGAUAUUCGCUUGGCAUGGCAGCUCUGUGAAUAAUUGGCACAGUAUUCUACGUGAAGGGUUUCAUUUCAAGCAAAUUACCCAUGGUCGCGCCUGUGGUGAUGGCGUUUACAUGUCGAACCACUUCCAUACCUCAUUGGGAUACACUGGUACACAUGUUCUUCCCACGUGGUCCGAAAGCCGACUGAAGAUCUCGACGGUGAUUUCUCUGAAUGAGGUCGUCAAUGCUCCCAAGAAGUUUGUAAACCAUAGCCCACACUACGUCGUACAACACUUGGAUUGGAUCCAACCAAGGUAUCUUUUCGUCAGGCUCCAAGAUUUCAACCUACCUGGUAUGCCAGGGAGAACAGGUGGGUCUGUGUACGGGAGUAUGUCAAAGAGCUCGAAAUCCCAGUCAUCAUCUUCCAAACACGGUGAAAGCCUUGUAUACAAACAAGAUCAGCGUUAUCCAGCUUUGGGCCCCAACGGACUGCAGAUCAAAAUUCCCAUCUCGGUAUUUAGCGGCCAACGGGGGAAAUUUCUUCGUACUGCUAGAGAAACAGGGCUUGCAGACCUCGUGCCGUCACCUAAGAGACGCAAAUAUUCAGUUGAAAAUACUGAACAACAUGACAACGAUAGCAACAACGACAACGAUGACAAGGACGACAACGACGACAAUACCAGUGUUGAGACGACCGUAGAGGAUCUCAGCAUUCUUUUAUCCGACGAUGAAACGUCUGAAAGUCCCCCGGCUCCCAGCACGCAAGAAGGAGCUGUCCCAGAAACCGGCCUCAAGACUAAUUUCCGACCCGGAACCCUACAGGACAGUUCUUUACCUACACUUUCUCCACCUCGAUUUGCCACGAGCUCAGCCACACAAAUCCUGCAGCAGCAUCUUCAGGCUACCAUCAAAAUCCAGGAGCGAGUGCCACUCCACGAGCUCGGAUGGUACGUUGACCCCAACUUGAUUACAACAGUCUACCAAUGGAUCGUGGAGCUACAUACGCUUGAUCCAUCCCUCCCACUAGCAAAAGACCUCAAACAGAUCAACCAAAAGAGUAUCGUCUUGGAACUCCGCUUUCCCCCACAAUUCCCCAUGGAUCCACCCCUUGUGCGGGUGAUCCGCCCUCGUUUCCUUGAGUUCGCUGCUGGAGGCGGCGGCCAUGUUACCACCGGCGGCUCUAUGUGCAUGGAGCUGCUUACACACUCGGGCUGGCUUCCGACGGCUUCGAUUGAGAGUGUGUUAUUGCAGGUUCGCAUGGCUCUUUCCAGCACAGAUCCAAGACCCGCGCGUCUGAAUCUAUACGCAAAUAGGGACUAUUCAGUGGGUGAGGCGGUGGAAGCCUACAGAAGAGUUGCACAGGCGCAUGGAUGGCAGAUCUCGAAGGAUGUCCAGGAACUUGCCUGGUGA